CCUCCUCAUUGCCAUCCCCUCCCCUGCCCCCCGCCAGGCAAAGGCCGAGGUCCCAUUGCUCCCUGCCCUGUUUCUUCUGCCAUCGCCCACGCCCAUGCUCCUCGCCAUCGGGGCUGAAUGUUCCGGAGUGCCUGAACCAAUUCCGAGGAAUGUCGUAGCACCUGCAGCUCGUCUGGUUUGAGAGUUCGUUUUCGCUUGAAUUGCCAACAAUUUGAUCUCGUUUCAGAGGCGGUAGUUGGUGUCCAGCAUGGCUGGUCUGGGCAUCAAGGCUGUAAAUGCCCGACCUGAGGCGAAAGUGUGUUUGACGGGAAUGGAGAGUGAGAGUUUGUUGAGGAGCGUGAUGCCGGCUCUGCCGAUGUUUCGAAAGGGAAUUUCGAGUACGAGAAGAGCAGCUGACUUUACGACAAAGAUGAAGUUGCGAGGUUCUUGUCGAAAUGAUUGGUUUUCUGAGAAACCUAGGUCUUUCUUUGCGGGAGCAUCAACCUCUUUGAAAUAUAGGAUCACUUCAAAUCCGACACCGGCUCAUGUUUGUCGAGCUGAUAGUCUUGAUACAAUCCGGGAGACCUCUAAUUUGGACAAUGGUACAAUAAAUGGUAUAUGGGAGCGAGUGCAAUUGUUGGAGAGGCAGUUGGGCGUGGCGGUAACAGAGGAGAAUUACUCUGAGGCCUCGAGGAUACGAGACCAGCUGACUAGCUUGAAGUCUAAAUUAACACCUGGGGAGCAGUUUCUCUUGACUUAUUCAGCCCGAUCUAGGAGUGGCAGCUUGGGGCAAAGAAUGACGGCUUUAGCAGCUAUGGGUGAAUUAGGUGAUCACCGUGCCUUACCUGUAUUACUCGAAGGCUUGCGUGACAAUAACCCUCUUGUAGUGGAGCAAACUGAGAAGGCGAUGUGGAAAAUAUUUAUGCGAUCUGGAAGAGAGGACAUUGAUCGGAAGCUUCAAGAUGGAAUUGACCUUUUGAUGACCAAAGAUGGAUACAGGAAGGCAAAAAACAUUCUCACUGAGAUCAUAAGUGAAGCGCCCUCAUUUGCAGAGGGGUUUAACAAGCGAGCAACUGUCAACUAUUUACUAGAGGAAUAUGACGAAGCAAUCAAAGAUUGUCACAGCACACUUCAGUUGAAUCCUUAUCACUUUGGUGCAUUGAGUGGUAUGGGCUUGUGUUAUGCCGCUCGACGAGAACUAGAAGCUGCACUGUUUUGGUUCGAGAAAGCUCUGGCUUUACAUCCUGGAUUACAUCUGCAGAUUGGCAAAUAUAUUGAGGCGUUAAAGCAGAAAAUUGCUCAUCGAAAAGGAAAUGUUGAGGGCGAUCACAAGUAAUCCAAAAGGCCUGCAAGAUCUGAUUUCUGGUAAAUGAGAAAAUGGUUGGAAAAUUAGUUAUCCACUUGUACAGUAUUUCCAGGAUUCAACUGCCUUAUGUAUAGAAUUAUUAAAUGACUUUGGUUGACCUAGAAUCAUGCACAUUAUCAGGUAGUUGACGAAUUGAUAUUAGAUCGUGUACCUUAGGUUCUCCUUUUCUUCAAUAUAUUUGAAUAUAAAGCCAAUGAAAGGGAAUGUGAGCAGUGUUAAGGCAGUCAAGUUCAAGUGGAAUGUGUAAUAGUUAGUGCAAGAACUGGCAGACAUGACCGUACUGACCACAACACUUCUACAACCCAUCUAAGCAAUUAUCUUUUAGCCAGUCUGGCCUUUUCAGUGUA